AUGAGCGCAUCACUCCCGCUCGAUGUCUGGCUGCUCGUCUGUGAAGAGCUGACCGCCAGUCGCGAUUUCGAUGCUUUGUACAACUUCUCAAGAGUGAGCCGGACAAUGGCGAACUUCGCGUUGCCCAGUCUCUACAGCAUAUACGAGCUUGCUUCAGCCAGUGCAGAUGAUGCCUCGAUUGUCGGCAAGCGAAAGCUUGCCAUAUUGUGGAGAGCGAUCAUUCUCUCCAGCAGCGGCAAGACGGCCUUUCCAUAUUGUCUUUGGAUGCAAAACCUGAAGCUCGGCGACUUCAAGGAGCUACUGAGCGACAUUGCACCGAACAGUAACCUUCGACAACAUUUCUUUCAGGGCGAUAUGGCAUCCUAUGAGAUGAUGCUUCAAAGCACCACUGCAAAUGUUGCCACACGUCGAAACCGGCCACGCCUUGACUUUCCGGGGAUCAUCACUAAGGUUGGGAAUGCAAUCACUCUCUACGUUAAAGAGGCGGCAGAUCGCGACAAUCGAACGGUGGCGUUGACCCACUUGGAGGGCCAGUCAAUACCUCUCGAUGUCCUUCCUCGCUGGACGUCGAGAUUGGCGACGCUCAUGUCACUACACAUCCAGGACGGCUCAGUGAUUGGGGAAGAGGUUGCAAAGUCCAUCCGUGAUAACUGCCCAAGGUUCCGGGAGCUAAGAUGCUUCUACUGCAACGGGCCAACGGUAGACAAGGAUCUAGCAGCAUUUUUUCGGACGAUACCUCCCAACUCCCUUAAGGUGUUCAGCGUCAGCAGCCAGAACCAUAUGGGCAAGGAAUCUCUCGCUGCCUUGUCACUACACUCUUCAUCUCUCCGGAAACUCGGGCUGUCCGGACUUCAAAGCAGUGCAUUCGAGCACCUCGGUAGUCUUCGCGAGUGCGUGUCCUUGGAGAGUCUUGAACUCGAGGCCAACAGAGGGAUAGCGAUGGAAUGGGAGUCGACAUACUCUGAGUCGUUUGCCGACACAGUUGCGUGGCUCAGCGCAUGUACGUCCCUGACGAGCCUCAAACUGUGGCAUGUCGAAUGUGCCUCGUCUUUGCUCAAGCUUGUGCUCAAAGCUCCCAAGCUUCGACUGGCAUCACUCGACCUAAAUCUCAUCGAUGACAAUGAUGAGUUUUAUGCCUCACUCGGCAAGCAGACCACACUCGACGGCUUCUACUUGCGAAGCAAUGAUGUCAUGCUUGAUGCAGCGUCUCCACAGCAUGCGCAGUUUAUCCAGUCUGUGUGCAAGCUGGAGAAUCUGCGGGUUCUGGACAUCAUGCAAACCACCAUCACAGACAAUGAUCUUCACUCGUUGGCUGUUGCUCUGACGAACCUCGAAGAGCUCAGUUUCGAUGGUGAUGUCAUGGGUGACUCAAUCUUGAGCUCUAUCCUCCUGAUGCGUAACUUAAAGAACAUCAACAUCAACGCAAGCACAAACUUCACCGUGAAGGGUCUCCUCCAAUUUAUCGACACGGCAGGGGAGAUGCACGGCUCCAACUACGGUUUGACUUUCUUCAUCAUGAACCAGGCAUUGGACGCACAGAUUUUCCCCGACGAGCUGCAGUACUUAACUAAUCACGCCCAUGCCACGUUCGGAGGACAAAUUGACAUUUCACAUCCAGAGGAGGAACAUGAGAGCGACUUUUCCGACUAA